AUGGCCGCCGUCGUCUCCGACCUCGUCGACUUUCUCAACGCUUCGCCCACCGCUUUCCACGCCGUCGAUGAGGCGAAGCGACUGCUGAAGGCGGCGGGGUUCGAGCAGCUUUCGGAGCGGGAGGAGUGGUCGGGGCUUCAGCCCGGCCGGAAGUACGUUGCCGGUAAUGGGUUCCACAUCAUUGGUGCACAUACGGACAGUCCAUGUCUGAAGCUCAAGCCUGUCACCAAGAUAACCAAGGGAGGUUAUCUCGAGGUUGGAGUCCAAACUUAUGGAGGUGGAUUGUGGUACACAUGGUUUGACCGUGAUCUUACUAUUGCUGGUAGGGUGCUUGUGCGAGAGAAGAAGGACGGUGUGGUCUCUUAUGGGCAUAAGCUUGUAAGGGUGCAAGAGCCUAUCAUGAGAAUCCCCACUUUGGCUAUUCACCUAGACAGGACUAUGUCCUCGGAAGGUCUCAAGAUUAACAAUCAGAAUCAUCUUGUCCCAGUGCUGGGCACAUUGAUUAAGCAUGAAAUGCAGAAAUUAGUGAAAGGAAAUGUUCCAGGGGAGUCAUCCGGUGGCGAAAACACAAAGCACCAUCCACUAUUGUUGCAGUUGAUUGCUAAAGAGGCUAAUUGUGAAGUUGAUGAGAUCUGUGACUUCGAGCUGCAGCUGUGUGAUACCCAACCAAGCGUUGUAGCAGGUGCCAUGAAAGAAUUCAUCUUUUCGGGAAGGCUUGACAACCUUUGCAUGUCAUUUUGUUCACUGAAGGCCCUAGUGGAGUCAACUUCUACUGACCACUCUCUUGAUAAUGAAUCUGGCGUCAGGAUGGUGGCUCUAUUUGAUCAUGAGGAGGUUGGUUCUGAUUCGGCUCAGGGAGCCGGUUCCCCUGCAAUGCUGGAUGCUUUAACAAGAAUCACAGGCUGCUUUAACCAUUCAAAUUCCAAGUUGCUAGAAAAGGCUAUUCAAAGGAGUUUCCUUGUAUCUGCAGAUAUGGCUCAUGCCUUGCACCCCAAUUAUAUGGAAAAGCACGAGGAGAACCACCAGCCAAAGUUGCAUGGUGGACUUGUGAUUAAGCACAAUGCUAACCAACGAUAUGCUACAAAUGCCGUGACAGCUUUUAUUUUCCGAGAAAUUGCUGAGAGGCACCAGUUACCUAUCCAGGAUUUUGUUGUUCGCAACGACAUGGCUUGUGGGUCAACAAUCGGGCCAAUACUCUCUAGCGGUGUUGGUAUUCGUACUGUGGAUAUCGGAGCGCCACAAUUGUCCAUGCACAGCAUCAGGGAGAUGUGCGCCGUUGACGACGUCAACUACUCGUAUGAACACCUCAAGGCAUAUUUUGAAGAAUUCACUGAAUUGGAUAAUAAAGUCAAAGUAGACUGCUGA